CCGGAAGUGGCUGCUGUUCAUUCAUUGAGAACACUUUGAGAGUUGUUUUUGAAUGAAUAUUUUAAAUGAACCCGUCAUUACUGUAGUGCAAAAUGCGAAGAAGAACCGAAGCCCCAGCAACAAGCAAAGAACAAGGCGAUGCUGAUAAAAAGGAUCAGGAUCAGCGACCACAAGGCCAAGCUGAAGCUAAAAGCAGACUCUCUUAUGGUUCUGUGCUCAUAAACAUUGGAAAGUGUCUCCUUUUAAUCAUCUUCAUUCCUCCAUUUCUCAACUAUGCUUCACUUCAGAGAGAGGGACAGAUGCUCAUCCCUGAAGAUGGCCAGAUGGUUGAUGUUGGUUUGGGUCAGAAGAUGCAUCUUUACUGCAAAGGACAAGGAAAACCAGUUGUUAUAUUAGAUGCACCAACUGGAAUGUCCUCAGACAUUUGGCUCUAUGUCCAGGAGAGUGUUGCCACGCUAACAAAGGUUUGCACCUAUGACAGAAUGGGACUGGGCUUCAGCAAACGGAUGAUGCAGAAUGAAACCACAGGAACUGAAAGAGCUUGGGGGAUGUCAACGACAGGACGGAUGGUGGAUGAUCUGCACCGACUCCUGCAGGCGACGGACGUAGCCAAACCCUUCAUCCUGGUCGGGUCUGAGCUGGGCGCGCUCAACGCCAGGUUCUACAGCCACAUUCAUGACGUGCAAGUGUCAGACCUGGUGCUGAUUGAUCCCAUCCCAGAGGACGUUUUUGAGGAGGACCAGUGGAGGGAGUACUGGUAUGGGAAGCUGUUGCCAUCGCUCCAAGCCAGGCAGUUUUCAGCCGCUACAGGGCUGAGUCGCAUGCUGAUUAUUCUGGGGGCGAUUGAACCGACUAUCAGAGGCGAAAAUGUCUCCGAGGAGGUCAUCCAACGCCAGAAAUACUUACUGAGUAACCCUGCCCAUCAGAGCAGUGCUGUGGAUGAGCAUUACUUUCUGAAUGAAAGUGUUGCUCAAGUACGAGACAUCACAAAGUUUAAGCCCCUCUCCAGCAGGACGUCAGUGAGCGUGAUCACUGGAGAUUGUUUUGACCAAGAAAUACCAGAACACCUGAACCAGAUGGUAGCUAAGCUUCAAAAGAAGUUUCUGGAGGAUUCCUACCCAUCAGCCAAUCAUAUUCACAUAAAAGGAGCAGACCGGCGAAUGAUCUACAAGAAGCCAUCUGCCAUCAGCCAGCACCUGAGGAAGCUAGUCAACCAACGACAAGCCAAACGGCGGAGCGAAUGACCCACACUCCAAUGAGACCCCAGCAAAAUAAUUGUUCAGUAUGUUGAAAAUAGCGUCUAAAAAUGUAGAAUUUUUUUUUUUUUUCUCAGUCUUUUAAAUUUUCUAUCCGGUAAAAUCCAAUGAUGGUCUGUUUUAACAUGUUUUUCCAGCGGUCUGUUUUGUUGGAGACGUUGUAGGUGACGAUAACUGGAGAGGAUUCAGUCUGAUGAAAAAACUGCAGUGUCUUAAGAUUCAACCAAUCUCAUCUGCGAGGUGGUUCACUUCAUUUACCAGGUUGGCAAGUGCUAAAAAUGAAUACAUUAGUCCUUAUCAAUGUAAAUGUCACACGUCACUGCUCAACCCUAUACUUUUUAUUUCACGCAGCUCUGUGUUAAUACUCCACCAUGUUACAGCUAUGGGGAGAGUUCCGAACCAGACUCAGACCUCUGCUCACGGACUCACGUUGAGUCCAUUAAUAUUAUACAUAACAGACAGAUGAGUGUGGCUUACCGCGUUAAUUUAGCAUUUUGUAAAUAAUAAAACAUUACGUUCUCUUGGGAGACUGUGCUGCGCUUACUGCCAUGGAAAACAUUAGCUGUUAUGAUUAGGAUAAAUGUAAAAGAAAGACCAGACAGCAUUGGUUUAUCCUGAGGAUUUAAGUUUAAUUAUGACACCACAUCAAAAUAAAAAUUUCCAACAGAUCUGGAAUUUAAUUCCAUCCAUAUACAUGCAUAGCAACAACGUUUUAAGAAACAUUUUCUCCCAUAAUCAGGACAUUGGAAUGAUCAUUUUACAUCAGUAUCCCCACUGACCUCCCACCCAUCUUGUUCAUCAGCAAUAAACUUAAUUCUUGUACAACUUCUUUUUUUCCCUAUGGGGUUACAAAUAAUUAUAUGCACAGUCCCCAUUUCAUAAUACUGCUUUCAGUAAUGUUCCCUCAUUUACAAAGUAUUGCAUUGAGAGCAAAUUUCAAAAAGGGAGACCAAAGUGUAUCAUCAAACAGAAAUACAAGUACUAUACAAGAAUGCUGCCAUCCUCAUGAAAACAUCCACAUCUGAGUUGAAGAAAAGAGACAGGGACAAACAGCCACAUAUGUAUGCAAAGCCAUGUGUAUAUGCCAGAAUGUGAAAUGCAGGGUUGUGCCUGGUUAUCACCUCCAAAUGGUGACUUUUAAGGCUAACAAGUCAUUAGUAGCAAUCUGCAAGUGACAUUUUAGGCAUAUACAGAAACUGGUACAGCAAAUAAGAAUACACAAGUGCCUCAGUAGCUAUUUUUGUGUCUAAAAUGCAUCUCAUUUUUGUAUUGUCUAUUGUUUCAUUGAGCCUACAUUACAGUGUAAACAAUAUGUGUGCUACACAAGAAUGACUAUACAAUAACAUUACAAACAACUCUGAUAUAAAUUUCAUUUUGAAUUUAAAUUAAGAUCACUACUCCUAUUAAUACUGAUUGUAAAAUAAAUUAAUGUGAAAGUGGCA